CUUGAAAAUUUGCAAACUUUUGAUUAUACUAUCCUUUUCUCUUGUUCCCAAUAUAUGAUUUUUUUCAUGCAGAUUCUUACACGAAUAGACCCUGGAAUCCAUUGACAAUCACCACACUUGUUUCUGCGUUCAUAUUUCUAUGGGCCUCGUAUAUGCAACUUCACAGUAAUUUUAUUCUCGCGAAGCUGCGUAAGAAUAAAGACGGUGCUGUUGUGUCUUACAGUCAUAAUGUGCCAUUUCAUGGAUUGUUCGAAUAUAUAUCAAAUCCGUUGCAAUUCACAGAGAUACUGAUGUAUUUCAUGUUAUCUCUAAUCCUCUGGCGAGCUUCUACUUAUCAUUACGUCACUUUUUGGGUUGCAGUGAAUCAGGCUGAGGCCGCGUAUUUGUCUCAUCAGUGGUAUCAUACAACUUUCAAAGAUUACCCCAAAAAGAGAAAAACUUUAAUUCCUUUUAUCUGGUAGGGCAGAUUAUCAAAUAUAGAAAUAUACCAAAUGACUAGUUUCGUAUAUUAUAAUGAUUAUAAAGCGAAUCAUAGCGACUUAUCAUCUAUAUGUUCAAAGCUAAUCAAUAUAACCACAUUUCCGAUAUUUACUGCAAAUGUUGAAAAUCCAUAAUGUAUGUAACAUAAACUAUAAAUUUCCAAUACUGACAGUGAAUAUCGGAAUACUAUCUAUGACUCCGUAUUUGGACGGGCAUUUAUACAUAUAAAAAUAAUAAGUCGUAAAAAU